AUUUCCAAAUGUUUCUUGCUAAUCGCAGUUUUUAGAAUUGUGUCAAUUCGUAAAUGUGCGCAUUUAAAUUUGAUUUUGAACUACAUACUGAAUUAUGUGUAAACGGGACAUGUAUGAUUAUAUCAAUAACUGAAAAUCUCUACUGCGAAUAAAAUGUCUCAUACGAAGGUAAUUCCACAUAACCUUAUUCAGUGGGACCAGAGUGACAAUUCCUUGGCCCCAUUAACAGAAUGUCAAAAGGAUUGUUUGACAAAUUUAGAAAUCAUUGUGUCUUCGUUUUUUCCAUUGUCGAAUCUACAAUCCAGUACAAAUGAUGGCGAUGACAAGUUACAAGAACAGAAGUCUCAGGAGAAUAUCCCUCCGAUAGAAAAGUAUCAGGAAUUACUUGAUUAUUUCUUAUGUCUGGAAAGAAAAUAUGUAUCCAUGUACGACAUGAAAUACAGUUUAUAUCUUGAUGAACUAAAAUCAAGGAAAUCUGAAUGCCAAGAUGUUUGUUCUCAGAUAGAAGAAACAUUGGACGAUUUCUCUGCACUUUAUAAACAGUAUACUGAAGUUUCCAGUAAAACCACUUCUUUAUACGAAGCUAGUGAACAACUUAUUUUUGAUCAAAAGCAGUUAAAUGCAACAAUCGAUGGCAUUACGGAUUAUGUUAAGUAUUUCAAGGAAAUUGAUGUGAUUACAGAAAAAUUGGAUGCAUCUACUUUGUCAGUGAACAGUGAAAUGUUUUUCACUGUCUUAGAUAAAAUUGACACAAAUAUAGAUUUUAUGCAAAACAACUCGUCGUACAAUGAAAGUGGAAUUUAUCUAGUGAGAUACAAGCAUUGUCAAUCAAAAGCUAUUGCAUUAAUACAGAAUUAUAUUUCCAACUUGUUCUCUAAAACCACUGAAAGUAUUUUAAAUUUGAAAGACAAUGAAAACUCAUCAGAGAAUGCAGACACAGCUUUAGCUCUAUUCUAUGGCAGAUUUCAGACAAUCUUGUCUAAAACAAGACCCGUUAUCAGGCAGAUUGAAAACAAAUCGUACAAAAGACAAGAAUAUGAUACCUUGUUGCUUGAGUGUCACCAGUAUUAUUGGAGUCAGCGAGGCUUAGUGCUAGGUACAAGCAUACAGAAAUCUCUGAAUUUUAUUAGGGAAAAGUAUAAUGGUGACCAUUGCAGUUUAGUGCGACAUUCUUGUGCAUUACUCUUGCAUGCGUCGAUAGAUGAGCAUAAACUGUUCUAUGAAUUCUUUUCAAAACAAUCAAAUGGAUUAACUGCAUACCUAGAGAGCUUGUGCACUUCUUUAUAUGACGCAUUGAGACCUUUCAUAAUACACAUCAAUCAUCUUGAGACGUUAGCAGAAAUUUGCUGCAUUCUACGAAUAGAGAUGCUAGAUGAACAUGUACAGAACAACUUUGAACCACUGGAAGGCUUCGGAAACAUAUGCUUGCAAUUAUUGCAUGAUGUUCAAGAAAGAUUAGUAUUUCGUGCACAUUUAUAUCUACAAUCCGAUGUGCUGGAUUACAAUCCUUCAUCGGGUGACCUGGCGUAUCCAGAAAAACUGAAAAUGAUGGAAGAUAUAGCAGAAUCGAUUAGGGAAGCGACUCGUCAGACUCGUAUAAAGAAGAUUUCGGUAUCAUCCACUGAUAGUUCUGCUUUAGAACCAGUUUCUCGAAAUCAUAUAGUUAUCGAUUCCAUUUAUCAGAAAACACACAUGGGAAGUUCUCCAGCGGAUCUGCAUGCUAUGUGGUAUCCCACAGUUCGCAGAACUCUGGUGUGUCUGUCGAGACUCUAUCGUUGCGUAGAUAGAUCUGUGUUCCAGUCAUUGAGCCAGGAGGCAAUUUCCCUUUGUGUUCAGAGCAUUGAGAAUGCCAGACAGGAAAUUGAGAAGAGAGCGAGUACAUUGGAUGCAGAAUUAUUUCAAAUUAAGCACUUGCUCAUUCUUAGAGAACAAAUUGCUCCGUUCCAAGUGGAUUUUACUAUCAAGGAAUAUAGUUUGGAUUUUUCCAAAGUGAAGACCGCUGCAUUUGGACUACUCGAAAAGAGUUCUAGGUUCUUUACCUUGUCAAACAAUGCAUUAUUACAAUUUCUUUUGGAAGGUGCACCACAAAUGAAAGAACAGCUUAUCGAUUCGAGGAAGCAUGUGGACGCGAAGUUGAGACUUACAUGCCAGCGAUUAAUACAACACGCAACUUAUUUAUUAAUUUAUCCUAUUAUCAAGUUAUUGGAGAAAGAAAAAUUACUUGAUGCAAACUCGAAUCAGGAAAAUGCACUAGGGAGCCCGCAAGAAAUAGCAACUAUAGUGGCCGAUGUAUUGAGGAUAAUCAAGUUUAAAUGUCCUGAGAUUCAGCAAUCGAUGCAAUUAUAUUUAGCUAACAAAGAAACUGAAUUCAUUCUGUUCAAGCCAGUGAAAAAUAAUAUUUGUGCUGCAUUCACGCAACUGCAUCAAACAUUAAAUAAAUAUUAUAAUGCGGAGAACCUUCUGUUGAUCGCGUGUCCUUUGCCAGAACAGAUUUCUGUUAUGUUGAGUUCAACAACGUUAAUUCAAGGAAAAUCAAAUCGAGAAUCGCAGUCAGUUCUGAAACAAUCGUAAUCGUUUAUUAAACA